AUGACAGGCAGUACAGAUUCCAGUGUCACUAAUGGUGAAAAUUCUGCAAAUACAACACCAAUUGAUUUCAAUCAAGAUGGUGGUAUAAAUGGCAACCCCAGCACAUAUACUGGUGUAACUCAUAAUCAAAAUUCUGAAAGUACAAUAUCAAUAGCAUCAAAUCAAGAUUAUGCUAUAACUAACAACCCCAGCACAGAUUCUGGUGUAACUAAUACUCAUAAUACUGAAAAAACAACAACUUAUGUUUCCACUCAAGAUGAUGCUGUAAAUGAUAGCCCUGGCACAGAUUCCGGUGUCACUAAUGGUCAAAAUACUGACAAUACAACACCUAAUGUUUCCACUCAAGAUGAUGCCAUAAAAGACAACCCUGGCACAGAUUCCGGUGUGACUAAUAGUCAAAAUUCUGAAAAUACAACACCUAAUGUUUCCACUCAAGAUGAUGUCAUAAAUGACAACCCUGGUACAGAUGCCGGUGUCACUAAUGGUGAAAAUUCUGCCAAUACAACACCAAUUGAUUUUAAUCAAGAUGGUGGUGUAAAUGGCAACCCCAGCACAGAUACUGGUGUAACUAAUAAUCAAAAUUCUGGAAGUACAAUAUCAGUAGCAUCAAAUCAAGAUUAUGCUUUAACUAACAAUCCAAGCACAAUCUCUGGUGUAACUAAUAGUCAAAAUUCUGAAAAUCUAACUCCAAAUGUUUUUACUCAAGCAACUGUCAUAAAUGACAACCCUAGCACGAAUUCCGGUGCAAGUAUUGAUCAAAAUUCUGAAAAUACGACACCAUUUGUUUCCAAUGACUUUGAUGCUAUCAACAACAACCCUACCAACUCUCGCACAGAUUCCGGUGCAAAUAAUGGUCAAUAUUCUGAAAAUACAACACCAUUUGUUUCCAAUCAAUUUGAUACUAUCAAUAACAACCCUACCAACCCUGGCACAGAUUUUGGUGUCACUAAUGGUCAAAAUUCUGAAAAUCCAACACCAAAUGCUUACACUCAAGAUGAUGCCGUAAUUGACAACCCUGUCACGGAUUCCGGUGUCACUAAUGGUGAAAAUUCUCCAAAUACAAUACAAAUUGAUUUCAAUCAAGACGAUGAUGUAAAUGGCAACCCCAGCACAUAUACUGGUGUAACUAAUAAUCAAAAUUCUGGAGGUACAAUAUCAGUAGCAUCAAAUCAAGAUUAUGCUAUAACUAGCAACCCCAGCACAGAUUCUGGUGUAACUAAUAGUCAAAAUACUGAAAAAACAACAAAUUCUGUAUCCACUCAAGAUGAUGCUGUAAAUGAUAGCCCUGGCACAGAUUCCGGUGUCACUAAUGGUCAAAAUACUGACAAUACAACACCUAAUGUUUCCACUCAAAUUGAUGCCAUAAAUGACAACCCUGGCACAGAUUCCGGUGUGACUAAUAGUCAAAAUUCUGAAAACACAACACCUAAUAUAUCCACACAAGAUGAACCCAUAAAUGAAAACCCUAGCACAGAUUCCGGUGCAAGUAAUGGUAAAAAUUCUGAAAAUACAACACCAAUUGAUAUCAAUCAAAACGAUGGUGUAAAUGGCAACCCCAGCACAUAUACUGGUGUAACUUAUAAUCAAAAUUCUGGAGGUACAAUAUCAGUAGCAUCAAAUCAAGAUUAUGCUAUAACUAACAACCCCAGCACAGAUUCUGGUGUAACUAAUAGUCAAAGUACUGAAAAAACAACAAAUUCUGUUUCCACUCAAGAUGAUGCUGUAAAUGAUAGCCCUGGCACAGAUUCCGGUGUGACUAAUAAAGUUAUACUUCUUUAG